CAAAAACAAAAUAUCAAGGCAAGAAACCGGGCGAACUUCGUAAGUGUGCCGCUAACUUUGCUUGGAAGCUGCAGUCGGAUAGAAUGUCAAUGUUGUGCGGUGUCCGAAAAACACCGGACUGAACCAAAUAAAUAAAAAAAAAACAAGGAAAACAUGAACAUUGAACGUGACCCGAACAAACGGCGGGUCAAGCCGGUGGAGCAGGCGUGCGUGCUCGACUUCGACGAGGAAUCGUCCGACGAUUCGGACUUCCGCAUCGAAGAUCAUCCGGAGCAGAGCGACGACGACGACAGCCUAGACAGCGAGGGCAAGUCGGAGGACGACAGCACCGGCGCCGAGACCGAGGAGGAGGGCUCGGACGACGAUCUGAAACGGCUGUCCAACAACAUCACCAACACCAAUGGCCAUUCGAUUGCUGAUGUCCUCAGCCAGGCGGCCCUGCAGUCCAACAAGCAGGGCGUCCCGGGCGAGGACUCCCAGAUAAUGAUAUGUUGCGGCUGUCUGGGCGACCAGAGCGACGGUGUCAACGAAAUUGUUGAGUGUGACAGUUGUGGGGUGACAGUCCAUGAAGCAUGCUAUGGAGUGUCUGACAGUGCAAGCCUUACCAGCACAGACUCCCUCUCACCGACUGCCCCAUGGUUUUGUGAGUCAUGCAAGGCCGGCGAAAUGAACCCCACCUGCGAACUGUGCCCAAAUUCCGGUGGUAUUUUCAAGGAAACCGACGUGGGCAAGUGGGUGCAUCUAAUUUGUGCCCUGUACGUCCCAGGGGUGGCUUUUGGGGAAGUGGACAAGCUCACCAGUGUCACCCUCUUUGAGAUGCAGUACAGUAAAUGGGGGGCGAAGACGUGCAGCCUGUGCCAGGAGGAUCGUUUCGCCAGAACAGGCGUUUGUAUCGGUUGUGACGCGGGCAUGUGCCGCACGUACUUCCACGUGACGUGCGCCCAACGCGAGGGCUUCCUGUCGGAGGCCCACUCAGAGGAGGUGGACCAGGCCGACCCCUUCUACGCCCACUGCAAAUUACAUUCGGACAAGACGCUGGUCAAGAAACGGAAACGCAACUACCUCGCGCUACAGCUGCGCACCCACCUGCGUAAAAUCCAAUUCGAACAGAAGGGCCACAGCGAAACGGCCGAACAGCUGCGCAUCCAACGGAAACUGGCCAAACAGAAGGAGCACUACUUGAGCUACAAGAGUUUGAAGCAGCCGCCGUGGGUGCCGACGCAGAAGAUGCCACGCCUGCUGACGACGAGUGCGUCGGCUGUUAGGAAGCUGAUGCACAAGGCGGAGAUAAUGGGCAUCAACACGGGGUUGUUAGAGACGCAGGAGGCGCAGGCGACGGCGCUGGCGGACGUCAGGAAGAAGUGGCACAUUCCUCCCGCCUUCACCGUUGAAUUUAUCGCCUAUUACUUGGACAGGAACGAGAGGAUGAGGGAGAUGAAGAGCUCCCUGGAAACGUUAAUGACGAGCAACGCAAGCCUGCUGGAGGAACAACAACGUUUACGCAUCCAGUACGACGAACUGCUCAAAGAGCACACGGAACUGAUGAACAGCAACGUGGAGAUAAAGCAGACGAUUCACAAGUACCAUUCGGCCAUACUGAGUGCUUGUCCCACCAAAAAUCUGCCCAACAUCGACGAGCUGGGCAAGCCGCCGGUUGCCAGGGUGCCCCAGCCACCUAUGAUGGUACCGACAGCAGCUGCCCUCAAAAUGGGGGUAGGUUUUCCUUUAAAAAACGUUCCAGCAGGUCGGCAAGACCGGGUUUUAAGUAGUCACGCCAAACAAGAUCCCAUGGUUUUGAAUGAAUGCGGGAUUUGUCGGCAGCCCAGAGAUCAACACUUGUUAGCUAAAUGUGAUACGUGUCAUUUGUACUAUCAUUUAAAUUGUUUAAACCCACCGCUGAGUCGUCUGCCUAAGAAGUCGAAACUCUACGGCUGGCAGUGCUCGGAGUGCGACAAAACGUCGGAUUCGGAAAUGGAGGAGAUGAAAAUGCCUCGACGGAGUCGCAGCAGAUAUUCCAGGGAUGCAAAAUCUGAUACGGACAUCUCCUCGACGCCAAAACUGAAAAUAAAACCACUGGAGAGAAGUGUGGAACAGCUUAGUCCAAUUGUGAACGAAGUGAACAACGAGACGUUUGAUACUUCAAGCUUUACGGAAACUAAAGAGGAAGAACAACCUGCUGCCCAAUCAUAUAACUCAUUGGAAACCAACGGGUUACAAGUCAUAUUAGAGAAGAACGGCACGGAACCUCACAAGAGCAGCAAAAAGAGGCGACGAGAGAAACACAGAAACAGAUAUUCCCCGGACUUGGGUGCGCCCAGCAAAGAACACAAGCGCAAGCGCAAGAAGAAGAGCCUGGACAUCGAGGAGCCGUUGCCCCAUCCCCGAAUCACCAUCAAAAUCAAACCGAUACCUCUGCCAGCCGGCGAGGUGCCCUCCGAAUCGAAUCCGCAGUGUUUCUACGUGCCGAACGAGGCGAACGACAACGCCCCGCCGCCGUUUCCGAUGAAAAAACCGCCGUCGCCCAAACGUUCGCCGCAGGAACGUCGCAAGUCGCCGCCCAAGGUGAAGUCACCGCGUGCCGAAGUCAAGGCGAAAAGUCCUCGGCUGAGCAGUCCCCGGGUGUCGUCGGGCAACGAAUCUCUCAAAGACCCGUUGGCGAUCCCCACCGCCAGCAUCUGCGACGUGUGCCAUUUGGAGGGCGCCCCUAGUAAUUCGGUGAAGUGCGAUGAUUGCCGGAAGACUUAUCACUUUUCUUGUCUGGAGCCGCCGCUGAAGAAGUCGCCCAAACGGCGGGGCUACUCGUGGCACUGCGCCGACUGCGAUCCGACCGCGUCGGAAUGAGAUUAAUUUAAUUUGUACUUAUGUUAAGGAUGUACUGUAGAAAUAAACUUAAUUUGUAUAAAAGCUGUUGUUGAAUCCAA